AUGCACGGCGGCGGCCGGACACUCGUUACCGUCCUGAUCCUCGCCUUGUUCGCGCCACCGGCCGAUGCCAGCCCUUGGCAGGUCUGCGGGAACAGCGGCACCUACACGACCGAUAGCGCAUACCAAGCCAGCCUCAACCGAAUGGCCGACACUCUCCCGGACAACGCCUCCUCCUUGCCCACCCUCUUCGCCACCGGCGCCAUGGGCGCCGGCCCCAACCAAACGGUGUACGCCCUCGCGCUCUGCCGCGGCGACUUUGACGCCAGCUUUGGCUGUCUCGUAUGCCUCAAGUCGGGCUUCAAGGACGGGCAGGUGCUCUGUGAUUCCGACAUGGACGUCACCAUGUUCUACGACAACUGCCACGUCCGUUAUUCCAACCGGAACUUCCUCGCGUCCACCAACAACUCGCAGCAGCAUGCCUUCUUCAGUAGCUCCCCCUCCCUUGCCUCCUCAGUCGCCGCCCGCUUCAAGACUUUCGUCACCAAGCUCCUCAACGCCACCGCUGAUUACGCAGUGGUGGCCAACUCGACCAGAAAGUUCGCCACCGGUGAGAUGGACGUUGACAGGGACUACUUCGGCGGACAAUUCGACAAGAUCUCUUCGUUGGCACAGUGCACGCCGGACCUGACGUCGGCGCAGUGCCGUGCAUGCCUGGCGGCGGCCAUGUCGGGGAUGCCCCGGCUGGUAUUCCCUUCCAACCGCACGGGAGCGAGGGUGGUUGGCGAGCGCUGCGGCUUGCGUUUCGACGUAUUUCCCUUCUAUGACGGCAAACCCAUGGUGCGGUUGCAAGUUGGGGGACCAGGAGGAAAAACGAAGGCCACUCUAGCUGUCGUAAUUGUACUUGCAAUAUUGGGUGGACUAGUCGUAGUCACACUAAUUGGCCUUUUUUUCUGGCGGAAGAAGAGGUCACAAAGAAAAGCAUCACUCUUUGUAAAUGUAGAUGACAUGGAAAGUUUUGAGUCCAUCUUUAUUAGUCUGUCCACACUACAAUCGGCAACAAGCAACUUUGAUGAAAAGAACAAACUUGGUGAAGGAGGAUUUGGUGCUGUUUAUAAGGGUGCCCUCCCAAAUGGACAAGAAGUGGCAGUGAAGAAGCUUUGUCAGAUCUCAAAACAAGGUGUAGGACAAAUGAAGAAUGAGCUAGCUUUAAUAGCUAAGCUGCAGCACAAGAAUCUAGUUAGGCUUGUCGGUGUAUGCUUGGAAGGAGGAGAACAUUUGCUUGUGUACGAGUACAUGCCAAACAGAAGCCUAGAUAUCUUUUUGUUCGAUCCUGAAAGUGGCAAACAACUUGACUGGGGAGCACGAUGCAGAAUACUGAAUGGUAUUGCCAGAGGCCUGCAGUAUCUCCAUGAGCAUUCCCAACUGAAGAUAGUUCACCGGGAUUUGAAAGCCAGCAACAUUUUACUUGACGCAGAUAUGAAACCUAAGAUCUCAGAUUUUGGUUUGGCCAAGAUCUUUACUGACGAUGAAACUAGAAAAGUCACAAGCCGUGCCAUCGGAACACUUGGCUACAUGUCUCCAGAGUAUGCCAUGCGCGGGCACUACUCUACCAAGCUAGAUGUAUUUAGCUUCGGCGUUCUAGUUCUGGAGAUGGUAACGGGGCAAAGGAACAACUUCGCCGUCAACUCUGAGCGUUUUCAAGACCUCUUCUGUCUUGUUUGGAAGCACUGGGUGGAGGGAACUAUCGCAGAAAUAGCAGACCCCAGUUUAGGCAGGCACUACCCCAGGGGUGAGGUUCUGAAAUGCAUCAACAUUGGGCUGCUGUGUGUCCAGCAGAAACCCACUGACCGGCCAUCCAUGUCAUCGAUCGUCGUCAUGCUCGGCAGCGACACCGUCUCUCUAGAAGCUCCCUACAGGCCAGCCUAUGUCUUGGAUAGAAGCAGGAGCUACUCAGAGACUACUGAGCUAAUCAUUGAGCAGAUGUCUUCGGAGACUCAUUCCUCCAUCACAGAGCUCGCACCAAGGUAG